AUGUCCUCUGGUUUCGUCUCGGGCGGCACGACAGACGCGCCCAUCGAGCGCUCCGACGAAUGGCUCGCGGCGCAGGUUGAGCUUGAAGCCAACCGCCGGCGCAAGGCCGACGAGGCAGCGGCGCAGAACUCUGGGCGCUCACUCUUCGAGACUCUCGAAGCCAACAAAGCCGCGAAACAAGACGCCUUUGAAGAGGCGAGCAGACUCAAGAACCAGUUCCGCGCGCUCGACAAUGAUGAGAUUGACUUUCUGGAUUCGGUCCUCGAAUCUACGCGGGCGGAGGAAGCGCGCGUGAGGAAGGAGACGAACGAAGGGCUAGAGGUGUUUAGGAGGAGACAAGAGGAGCUGGACAAGGCGGCAAAGGGCGAGACUGGUGCGGAAACUACUAUGGCAGCUGCGGAUGAUGAGUGGGCUACGGCGGCUAAGAAGAGGAAACGAGGGAAGGAAGGAGCGCUCAAGGGACUUAAGCUGAGGAAGGCAUCAUCGAGUGACCGCGCGACUGGAAAACAGGCAGGAGCGACAGAGAGUCCUGGAACGGAAGGCGCGAGUCCCAAAGUCGAAGCUCAGAAGGGAAAGAACGACCCAGCAGGUCCGCACAAAGCUGCCGAGGCCAAAACGACCAUCGCUACAACCACUGAGAAGCAGCCGGCAAAGCCUACACCUGAGAAAGCAGCUGAGCCCAAAUCGGCUCUCGGCUUGGUGGAUUAUGGCUCGGAUGAGGAUGAUGAUUGGUAG